AUGUCGAAAUCCCGAACCUCUAGCCAGAAAUGGACGCUGGGUCUUAUAUUUCUUGCAGUGGUCGUGGUCCUGUGGGUUUUGUCAUCGUUUCUCAUCAACAUCAUCUUUGAAGACGGGUCGUACCGCAAACCGUUUCUAAUCACGUACAUCAACACUGCGUCGUUCGUGUUCUAUCUGGUUCCGACGUGUCUCGUCGCCGUGCGCAACUACUGGAAUACAGGUCAUUUCAACUUCCACCAACAAUUGCAAGAAGAAGAAGAAGGGCCGGCCGAAGUUUCGGUUUUGACGUCAGAUGAGCCUGCUGUCGCCACGUCUCCUCUGAUUCCUAAACAGAGCAAUGAUGACCUGGCGUCUGCCACUGCUAAGCUUUCGCUGCCUGCGACAAUCCAACUGAGCGCACAGUUCUGCAUACUCUGGUUUGCUGCAAACCUCGUGACCAAUGCGUCCCUUUCUUACACGUCUGUCUCGUCCCAGACCAUUUUAUCCUCUACGUCUUCCUUUUUCACGCUUUUGGUAGGAGCGUUCUUCCACGUCGAAAUCCUGAGCAAAAUCAAAUUAUGGGGAUCUGUAGUUUCCUUCAUUGGUAUAAUACUGGUUACCAAGUCCGAUUCCGACCAGGUGGAUUCCGAUUUACAUUCUGCUGUACCUUACAAAUUCCACAAUGGCAUUUCUCUUGAUAAUACUGAUGCCCUGACGAUUCUAUAUGGGAACAUUCUUGCCAUCGCAGGUGCGCUCUUCUACGGUGUUUACAGCACGUUACUUAAAUGGAAGAUUAGAGAGGAGUCUCGGAUAAACAUGAAAACCUUUUUUGGUUUCGUUGGACUUUUUACACUUGUAUUGUUGUGGCCUACGGUUAUACUGCUGCAUUAUACUGGGUGGGAAAAGUUUGAGAUGCCUCCAACCUCGAAAGUCGCAUUAAUUGUCAUUGUGAACAGUUUCAUCACUUUCAUUAGCGAUUUUUGUUGGGCUAAAGCUAUGCUUUUAACAUCUCCUUUGACAGUGACCGUGGGGCUCAGCACAACAAUCCCAUUCGCAAUGUUAGGAGAUUUUUUGUUCAAAGAAAGGCCCAUGUCUCUGCUCUAUAUGGUCGGUGCUACUUUGAUAUGUGGCAGCUUUUUCAUUGUCAACAGAGAUGCUGAGGAGGCCGCAUUACAGCCAUCACUGGAAGAUGAUUUGUCGUUGUCUUUCGUGGUUUAA